CAUAAAGCAAAUAUUUUUUGGACGUGCAAUAUAUGAACUACAGCAGUUUUCCUGAGGCAAGUUUUUUCGGAUUUUUUUUUUCUUUCAUGCUGAAUAACGAGAAAACUAUAAGCUUUAUGCUAUAUAUAAUUUUCUAAACAUAUUUAACUGACAUUACAAAGUUUCUAGUGAUAUAUGUUUUGUAUGAAAUUCAAAAUAAUUCAAACGAAUUUAAUAGAUUUUACUUUUGGAGUGUCAAAAUGACACUCUAAGUCGGAAAAGGGAGUUUUUUUUGUCCAGGCUUCUAAGGGUUCGUCCAAAAUAAAGUAAAGAUGCGAUAUUAAAGAACUUUUGAAUUCAUUUAGGCCCCGAAGAAUUUUUUUUUUUUUUGAAGCUUCUGAAAAAAGUUACAAGCAUUCAUAUGUGCUAUAGUGUCAAAAUGACACUCUAAUGCGGAUGAGGGUUAAGUGUCAAGUCUCAGGUCUCAGGUGUCAUGUCGAAAGUCUCAGAAAAACCUUGCCAAGACAUAUUUUUUAAAUUUUCCUAAUAUUUCGUUUGAACUAAAGGUUGGAAGCGGCGGCCUUAAUACAUUGGAUAGGACUGCCGGGGCUUCCUAGGUCUGCGUGAAAGCUUGAGGUGAUCCCUUAGCCCUGUCCGCCACGCGACAGCGUGGAUGACAAAAUGUCUUUCAAAUUCGAACGCACAGCGUGAGGAGUCGGAUACCAAAACGGUUUUUAAAGGACCAUGGUUAAUAUUAAAUCAAUUAAAGUACCCAAACCAAUUUGAUCUCAUAAUACAAAGAACAAUAUUGGUUCUAAAAGAAAUUUAGUUGGAAAAUUUCAAACCUGUAGGUUCAUUUAAAAAAUCAUUUUGAAAAAAUAAACUUCGAAUCAUAUGAAAUUUACAAGAAUUCAUCAGAAAAAAAAACAUAUAAAAAUACUAGAGAGAAAAAUCUGGGAUUUGUGUCAUUCUGGGAAAUGUUCCAUUCUAGGAAAAAAAAAUCUGGGAAACAAAAUUCUAGUAAAUGGUGCUCUGGGGAAUUUUUUUUCUGGGAAAUGGUUCAUAUUUGUAAUUCUGGGGAAAAUUCAUUCUGGGCAAAAGUUUACGGGUAAAUGGGAUACAAUCUGGCGAUUUUCAUGUGUCACCAGUGUAUUAUAUUUUUCAACUGAUUUUUGGCUGCGGCCUGCUUGAAAUGCCUGUGUUAAAACAUUAUUAGGAUAAUUUCAAUAUUUUUUCAAAAUUUUAUUGGAAUAAAUCUACUCAGUGGUUGGCAAGUAGAGCUAUUUCUCGGAUCCAUUUUUUCGACUUAGGGCCUUCAAGUGUUAAUGGAAAUUAAAAUUUAAACUAAUCGAUCCUAAAUUCCAUUAAAUUAGGUUUUCCGCCCUGCGAGGGAUGAAUUCAAUAGGAUUGGGCAAAGUCUAAUAGAGAAUUCGUUUUCAAGUGGUGGUGCACCGGGGCACUACCGGUAGUGCACUUUUUGCUGUUUUUAUGCUCGUUUUUACGAAGAGUAGUCCAAUGGUAGUGCACCAUAAAGUGGACGGUGGAACACUCUGAAAAUAUUCGGUGUUGCUUGCGCUCUCACCAAUACUAUCAUGAAUUUUGACAGCACGUGGUUCCCGAUGUAAACAAAUAUCAGCUGGUUGGUUUAUUUAUUUUUUUUUUUGUAAUCUGAAAACGGAAAUAGGUACUCGAACGAAGAUGAGAUUUGCGAGGAAUAAACGUUCAAAAUACCUUCAAGCUGGGGUAACUGCAGUCUAGCAGCAGCAGCAAGCAUAGACCGCCCAGAAUCAGCCGGUAUUGCAGUUAUCAUCAGAGCCAGAGGCGAAUCUACCAAGCAAAAUAAAUCUGAAAUCUUCACAAUUUAACAUAAUAUAUAAAUUCAUGCUAAAAUUUUCAUAUUAUUUAAAAGACAAUGAUCAACUAAAGUAAAUUUCAUUUCAAUUUUCGAAGUCAAACGAAAACAAAUACCAGCUGUAAUUGAUUUUUGACAGCUUGAUGUUUUCUGUUGACACUGCCGAUUUCACGAACACCAACAAAGGUGAGUGCAAAACUCGAUUCAUGCUCGUUUUCAGCGUGGAUGGUGCAACACUUUCGGGUGGUGAAAACGAAUACGGUAUAAAUUCACGCGUAAUGGAAUGAAUUCCUUAAAUCGAAUACAAAUGAACAUCAACUUUAUGGUUCAUCCAGUUGUUUAUUUUGGAGAUACGAGUUUUUCUUUUAAAUCUUUCUGUCGAAAAAGCUAGUUUUUGGAUUGGUAAACUGUUGUGAAAUUAUUUAAAAAAUGUUUCUCAGUUGUAUUUCUAUCUGUGGAACAGUUUAGAACUGUUGAAAGUUAAGUUAUUGUUGGAAACCGCAAAACUAUGGAUGGUAACCAAAUACACAGUCGGAAACGGAAAGCUCCGAAACCACUAUUUGAAGAGGUUGUUGUGAAGGAACCAAUCGAUAAAAACAUUAGAAUGCUUCCAGAGUCGCAACCGUCCACCAGUAACAGCCGACGGCAUCGAACGUCUCGUCACGUUCAGGUUGAUCAAGAGGAUUUCUAUCGCUACGCUGUGGGAACAAAGAGCAAACUGAAAGCAGACGAGGAUCCAAUAUUCCUUGCAGAUAAUGCUGUAAUUGACUCGCAGUGUCGCUUCUGUUUGCGCAAAGUAGAUAAGUCAUAUCUGAAGCUGAUUGAGGGUGCUUUGAAGGCCAAAGUGCGAUCAAUGUUCAAGCUUAAAGUUCAUCCCUACGAUUCCUACCCAUAUGUGUGCAUCAAUUGUAACAAUUACGUGCACGCAAUGUUCGACUUCUAUGAAUCGGUCAUAAAGUCUAAAAUUUUGCUCAGAAGCGAGAAAGUUGAGCUUAUUGAAGAUAACAGCGAAUGGGUAUCGACAAAGCACGUGGCAGCAGCUGAUACUUGCCGAGGAAUAUUGAGUCGACAUCGGAAUCAUAUUGAGCGAAUAUAUGAAGCUUAUGAAUAUCGCUCGAAUGAACAAGAAAAUUUUUCAGUUGAAAAAACAGAAUCUUCUGCAGAAGACGAAAAAACUGUUACUAAAGAAUUAUCUUUGAUUGAAGAGUGCGCGAAUGAAGAUGAAAUUGGAGAAAACCUCGUCGAAGUAAAAGUUGAACCAGAUCUUUCAGAGCAUGAUGAUGACGUCGGUAAUGGAAAUGAAGACAACGACGAUUGUGAUCAAUCCAAUGAUUCAGAUACCGUAGAUAAUGAAAACGACGGAGACUAUCAACCUGCGUCAAAAUCUCCUAAAAACAAAAUAAAGAUUAUCGAUGAAACCAACAGCGAAAGUGAUAAUACAAACAAUAGUGAAGCAGAAGCCACAGUAAAAGUUAAAAAGGGUAAACGGAGGAAAGGAACUUCGGAAGCGAAAUCUAAAGUCAAGAAAAAACCUGGUGAACGAAAAGUUCGCAAACCUUACGAGAAGUAUUUCGUGUGUACAAUUUGUGGCAAAACUCUACAUUCGGCGACGAAAGAAAGUCACAUGAAUCAGCACAGUGGUGUUCAACCGUACACGUGCCCACACGAGGGUUGUGGUGUGAAAUUUUAUGCCAAGGCACAUCGCAACCGGCACAUCAGUCGGUUCCACAAUAAGAAAAUUUGUGACAUUUGCGGCUGUUCGGUGCUGAAUUCUGCGGGCAGAAUGAGGGACCAUAUGAUGCAUCACGCGACCACCGAGGAGGCAGUCGCGUGCGGUAUUUGUGGUAAAAAGUUUUGGACCGAAAACUAUCUGCGACGGCAUAUGAUUAUCCAUACGGAUUUAUUCCCGCACGAUUGUCGCUACUGCGGGAGGAAAUUCAAGCACAAAGCCAGCAAGGAUACACAUGAGAGAAAUAUGCAUGAAAAAAAGAAUGAUUUUGGCCCCGUUGGUGAUGCACGGAGUAAUUCGAAUGAAACGCAAGACCCUCCGUAUAUAAAUCCAAUUUGACAGUUUUAGUAAAA